AGCGGCGCCAGGUUUCCUCGGCUUUCAAAUAGCGAACGUUUUUUGCCACUACCCGAUCCCGCUUUUUCUGUUGAAAUUCUCAAAUGAUAAUAUGCGGCACUCCUACCGACCCCUAAAGGUAGGCGUAUGCUCUUUGUACGGUGGAAGUAUGUGACGAUUAAAAGAGGUGUACCUGAGACUGUGGCAAGGCAAGUAUAAAUAUUGUAAGUUUGGAAGGGUUCUUCUUGUACUUGUUCCUUGUUCUUCUUUCUUGUAUCAGAAUACAUUGAGGUUGAGUUGUAUGAAUUUCUGUUACAAUUGGACAAGACAUAACAUACUAAUACUUACGCACCCGAUAGUAAUAAAUUUCUUUUGAUUGCAAAGUUAUUGGGCAAGGCUUUACUUACGCACCCGAUCGUAAUAAAUUUCUUUUGAUUGCAAAAAACUCUGUGGUGCGGGCAUCCACGGUCGGCGACUUAUCGCUUGACGUGAGGACCAGACGCCACAUCGCUGCUGCUUGGGCGAGGUGUUGCAUCCAUACAGUCGCUCGCGCGGGGAUUGUGUUUUCCAUCUGCGUUGCGCCUUCGUUCCAUCGACGACUGAUCCUACAUGAUGGUGUUGGGUUCUACUCCUUUAGCACCUUAAACGAGGUAGUCUGUCGCCCAAGAAAAAAUGCCGCCUCGAAUAUUAGCUGUGUCGCCGGUGCUCCCUGGUCCGCCACCCUUCGGGCCUUUGCCUCCGCGACCGCCAGGGACGUUCGACCGCAGGGAGGGCGAGGACCAGACUUCGACGGCCCUGGCGCCAACGACACCAACAGAGCAGCGUCCGCCGGGCGCAGAGCGCACUGGCCGUCGACGCGGAGCAGCUGGUUUUUCACCGACUGUGGAACAGCUCGAAGUCAUAGUGUUGCGGUGCUGCAUCGCCGGUUUUUUCUGGCUCUUUCCAACUGCGCUCAUCUGCCUCCGCGCAUGGCAAGUCCGCGGCGAGCUGCACGACCUACCAUUAAUCCUUUGGGCAGCCGUGGCCUAUGCGAUUGGCGUCUUCAGCAUCGGCAUCUUGUCGUUGCUGGUGUUGCGGCGACUUGCGGUGAGCGGACCAGCAUGCUUUCGUCGGAAGAUGCCGCUUCUUGUCCCUAUGGCAUGGCUAGCGAACCCGCUGUCGGUGUUGGGCUUUGGAGUUGUCAUAGACAACCAGGCUGUGAAAGAGUUGUGUUGCAUGCCACUAGCCAUGCUGCUAGUCAUUGCUUGCUCGAAUCGCAAACUCUUCGAUUGUGCGAGACGGUACUUUAUCGCAUGUCAAUCGCGGAUCGACAUGAGAAUGAAUGUAGUCGUAUUUCGACUACACCUAUUAAGUGUGUAGCUUGUUACUUCGCAGUAUCUAUGCAAUCAAUUUUGAUGGUCGUGUAUUGAAUCUCUCCUACAUCCAGGUACCGCUUGCGCCCCACAGCAGCGGGACUACAGAGUGAAGCCGGUCUCUGCUUUCUGACUCGUUUUCUCUUCCUGCUGUUCCCUCUGCUGAUUCUGAAUUUGCAGAUUUCCUUGUACGGCGCCGCGGCCGAUGCGCCUCACGACUGGUUCGUGCUAGAAAAGCUGAGCGGAUUGGGUCUUUUCCUAAGCUCCCUCAUUUUGAGCAAGUUUGUCGCCAUGAUUUUCACCGUCGGGAGUGGUGGAGAGCAGCCCUGUAGUGUUUUCAGAGCUGGACGAAUUGCGUUUUUCGUCAUCCUGCUCUCUGCGGAUUGGAUCUGCCUUUCGGUUCUCGUAAAACGGCAAGACCAGCAUGAUCAUGGGGACGAUGAUGAUCUGGAGGACCUCUAUGCGAAGUUGCGGCUCACGCUGGUUCUCCUCUCCUACUUGAUGGGAUGCAACUUGCUCCUCUUGUCAACCACGCCAACGGGACGUCGAUUUGUGAAGCUGCUAGCCGACGCCAUCGCGAUGCGUGGCCGUGCGCGCGGCUGGGCGCCAGGCUUCAUGCCACAGGCGGAGGAUCGGCCCGAUCCUAACACGCAGUUUUUACUGGCUCCGGAGCCCUUUAGCCGAGACUUGCACACUCUUGAUGCGCGCCGAAAAAAGAAGCUUGCGGAUCAGAAAAAAGUAAAAAGCGAGAGUGACGAGGAUUCGGAGAAGACGGCUGAUGCGCAAACCCGCACCGAGCACGCGGAGGGUACAUUAGAAGGUAGUGAAUCUCCAGGUCCAGCCACUGAUCAGGCGUCCAUGGCUGGCGCCCACUUGCGAAAUCGAGAAGCCGUCGAGCAAGAGUUGGAGAAUCCACUAGAUCAUGCUGGUCGUACUAGAAGCGAAGAGAUUGCAUCUGGGGGGAAGAGCUUGGCAGGAGACGAGCACGGGGUAAGGGAUACGUUUCCUCAUUGUACCUCAUUAGAAACAAGUCCUUUGUGUUUUAGAGAAAAUCAAAAUUCGAUGAUUGAUGGUUGGUGUGUCGCACUUUGUACAAGCUAAUUAGCUGAUUUGCUUUUUUUACAGGUUACAGAAGCCGAGCCGAGUAGCAGCAGCGACGCGCGUGCGCUUCAAGGAGGUUGCACCUCGCCAAUAGGGGACGAUGACGCAUCUGAUGUUGCGAGCACUGCUGCGCCUCCCUCUGAUGUGUCAUCCUUUGCCGCCUCCUCCGCACCCUCCACCUUGCGCAGGCACAUAGCGCUGGAUGUGCCCCUUCCAGCGGAGCAAGACCUUCAUUCGGGAACUGCUUCAUCGUCGUCUUCAAGAGAUCCGCGUUUUUUGCCGAGGUCACAAGGUGGUGAUCGAGCAAUGAUGGGCACGCAAGGAAGCGGAGAUGGAACACAACCACCCAACGGACUGCCUUCAUCUAGUAGUAGUCGUAGUAUGCUUGACAUGCUCACCGCGAGCUUCGAGCGAGCGUUCGCGCCAGUGCUCGAACGCGAGCCUGGUGGGCGUAGAUCUGGUCGAAGGCAGCGCGAAAUCGUCACGAGGAACUUAGGAGACGCAUCCGCAUCUAGCGCCUUAUCUCUACUCAGUACAGGAAGCAAUUCCAGUUCGAAGAAAGAACCGCUGCUGGCCUCGGACGCACACAGCUCCAGCAGCGGGAGCGCGCCUUGCUGUACAAUUUGCCUGACGGAGUUCGAAGACGGCGAAAUGAUUCGGACCAUGCCGGAGUGUGAUCGUACUUUUAACUACUAUGUCUAUUUUUUAGCGGAUUUGACUGACUCGUUUGAAUCUCGUUGGAUUUUCUAUCAGAAAAAUGAGCAUUGCGUAUGAUUACAUCCGCGUUUCUUUCCCACUGUCUUCAGAUAUCUUCCACGCGGGUUGUCUAGAGCGUUGGGCGCGCAGUCAAGGCAGCACCUGCCUUUGUCCUAUGUGCCGACGGACAGCCUAUACCGAUACAGGACAAGCGAGUGAUUGUCUAGCUUACAUAGAGGCCCAGGAAGUGCGUGAAGCGGCGAGUUUUGAGGACAAUCAGGGGCUUAUUUCGCGAGCACGUCCACUGGCGCAGAGUCUAAACGUCGACAUUCUGAUAGCAGCGCUGACAGUACGUAUAUUAGACAACGAUCUGCAGAGUUCGGCACACGUUCUAUUGGAGCACAAGUCUCUGCUUGACCGUCUACAGCGCGGAAGGGCGAAAGUGAGGCCAAAUACGAGAGAGGUACAACUAUAGUUAUACUAUAUAAUUAUAGAUCCGACUUUCUGGCAGUAGCACAAAUUUAUUUACCACCAUGUCGACAAUUUUCAACUUUUUCGCCUGUUUGGAAACUGCCGUAUAAAUCUAAUAAAGCAGAUGGCCACUCCAAACAUACAAGUGCUUCCACUGAUGUUUCAGGUAUUUCACUCGUGGGCAGACGGCAUAAUAGAAAAGGACGGGUGCUUGGACCAGACCGUGCAGCGAGGGUUGAUGCUGCAGUUGCAAAGCAUCGAAUGGGACGAGGAGUUGUCGAGAAUACUUUGGGCUGACUUGUCCGAUCCCCAAAAAACACGUGUCUACAGUCUCAUGAUAGGCGAUACCAUAGACCGGCUAAACGGUGAAGCGUAA